UUGCCAACCACCACCGCACCUCCCUCUCAGCAUUUCUCCUCUCAACCUGCCUCUCUCCUCGUACGUGCUACUUCUUGAGUUGGUAAUUGAUCGGUAGUCGUUCCUAGCUAAGCUAGCUAGCAAUGGCCGCACGGGGAGGAGGCAGUGCCAACGUGGCCGUGCUCCUUGCCGUGCUUCUUCUCUGCACUCUCGUGGCGGAGGCGGCGGUGUUCAACGUCGGCGACCGCGGCGGCUGGUCCUUCAACACCAACUCCUGGCCCACCGGCAAGCGCUUCAAGGCCGGCGACGUCCUAGUGUUCAAGUACGACGCGACGGCGCACGACGUGGUGGCGGUGAGCGCGGCGGGGUACAAGGCCUGCGCCAAGCCGGCAAACGGCGCCAAGGUGUACAAGUCCGGUGCCGACCGCGUCACCCUCGCCCGCGGCACAAACUACUUCAUCUGUAGCAUCCCCGGACACUGCCAAUCCGGCAUGAAGAUCGCCGUCACUGCCGCCUAGCCUCGUCCAUCGUCCAUGGUGCACGUUAAUUCGUACGCGCGACGUUACGUGAUACGGCGAGCGCAACUUUUAAUUCCUAAUGACCAAAAUAAAAGGCCGAGCGUACGUGCUUGGGUUUUUCAAGUUCUUGAUCAAUGUAGCACAGUAUUGAUUCGUACGGUGUGUGUACUGUUUGAUUUCCACUCGACCAAUCAUACAUUCAUACUUUCUGUUGUAUGGUGCCAUAUGUACUGAUUUUGUACUCAUAUAUGAGAAUGAAAGGCAUGCGACAAUUAUUCUUCU